UUUUGGGUAUAAUACAAGUACUUUACAUAUGCAACUACUAAUGUAGUAAUGUAUUUCUUGUCUGGUAUCAAGUUGUAUCAAGUAUGUAAGAAAUGGCAAGAAAUAUCGAAUUGUACAACAUUAAAAUUAAAACAAUUACUGCUUAUGCCUAGUGACUGUCAAUUGUCAAAUGUCAAUGACUGUAAUGUAGACUUUAUUUACAUUAGUUUAAUAACAAAUAUUUCUAACAUGAAUUAAAAGAAAAUAAAUAAAAAUAAUGGAAUUUGGAAUAUUUGCUGCUCGUCGUUCAUCAAGCAGACAACGUUGUUGUAUAGAAAUCUGUCGUUCACGUUCAGAUAAAAAUUUAAAUUUACGUUAUCAUACUUUUCCAAAAGAAAAUGAAUCAUUUGUCAGUGUUAUUAAUUCAUUUGGUCGUGUAGAAAAAGUUGAUAGAUGUAAAGCAUGGAAAGAAGCUUGUAAAUUAAAACAAGUAACUCGUUCAACAAGAAUUUGUUCAUUACAUUUUUCAAGAGAUGAUUACAUACUACCAGAUGUUCAUACAACUCGAAGACAUUUAAAAAAAACAGCAAUACCUAAACAUAAUUUAAUUAAUCAAGAGGCAUUGAAAAAUUGUGAAAUUGGUAAAAUGAAUAAGACACGCUCUGAUCAAUCAGAGGAAGAAAAUGAUGAAAAUUUAGAAGAAGAUGAAGAAAUGAUUGUACCAGAAGAACAUGAUAUUAGUUGUGAGAAUGAAGAUGUUAUUGAUGUCAAGACAGAAAUACUUUUAACAGAUAAAAAUAAAGAAGAUCCAUCAUUGAUAAAAUUAACCGACAUUGAAACAACUGAAGAAUCAUCUAAAACUGUUGAAAAUAUUCCUGUAAUUCCUCCAUUGAAUCAAAUUUAUUUUGCAAUUUCUCCAUCAUUUAUAACGCCAACUGUUGUUCCACCAAAAUCUGUAAAAGAUGCUCAAAUGCAAGUAAAUACUGAUGACAUUGUACCAAAAUUUACAAGAUUCAUCACCAGUGAUAGUGAGUUGAAAGUAGCAACUGGUAUUGAAUCAUUUGCUGUGCUCAAUAAAAUUGCAAAAAUUGUUAAAACAUCAAAUGAUUAUAAAUUUGAACAGACAAGUAGCCGAAUGAAUACAAGAGAUAGAAUUAUCAUGACAAGUAUUUGGUUAAAACAAGAUUUAUCAUAUAGUUUUUUAUCUGUUAUGUUUAAAGAGUAUUCAGCACACAGAUGUCAACAAGUUAUUUCUAAUAUGAUUAAUGUAUUAGCUGAAUGUUUAAAAGACAUUGGUAGUAAACAAGUUCAUCGUUUUAAUAAAAAAAAACAAAUAUUUAGAGUUUUUGAAACAAAAAUACCAACAAGACUUGCAUCAAUUGUUGAUAAUAUUACUAUUGUUAUAUCAGCUAUUUUAAAUUUAAAUACAAGUUCAGAUGAUGAUGAUGACUCUGACAAGGAUAAGGAUAAAUAAAUAGAAGCAUAAUUUUAAAAGAUUUAAAAAAUGUACAGUUUUACUAAUUUAUGUUUAACGUUACAAAAUUUUCACUUAAAUAUUAUGUGUUUUUUUUAAUUUUAGUUUUGUUUUUUAUUAUCUAUAAAAAGUAUAAAUAUAUAUAAUUGAAUGAAUAUUAAA